GGUUCAAACUAUUGCAUGGAUAAAAAUGCACCCGAGAGAAAUGGGAUUGACCCUCCUCAUUUUCUUGCAGAAGAAGAGGAAGGAUGAAUAUAAGAGGAGAGCCCGAGCGUGGGCCUGUGUAUUUUGAACUCAACACCGGUGCAAAAAUUCCAUCAGUUGGAUUGGGGACUUGGAAGGCUGAGCCUGGAUUGGUUGGUGAUGCUGUCAUUGCUGCUGUCAAGGCUGGAUAUAGACAUAUUGAUUGUGCCAGAGUUUAUGGCAAUGAAAAAGAAGUUGGCUCUGCACUAAAGCAUUUGAUUUGUACUGAAGUGGUUAAGCGCAGCGAACUUUGGAUCACCUCUAAGCUCUGGUGCAGCGAUCAUGCACCUGAGGAUGUCGCCAAAGCAUUAACCAAAACUCUGCAAGAUCUCCAACUUGACUACAUAGACCUCUAUCUUAUCCAUUGGCCAAUUAGAACAAAGCCCGGGUCAAACAGGUUCGAGCCAGGAUCAAUGCUGCCAUUGUGCUUAUCCGAGACAUGGAAUGCGAUGGAGGGAUUAUUUGCAUCAGGGCAAGCUCGGGCUAUUGGAGUCAGCAAUUUUUCUACCAAAAAACUUCAAGAUUUGUUAAAAUUUGCAAAAGUUGCUCCGGCUGUUAAUCAGGUUGAAUGUCAUCCAGUAUGGCAGCAGCCUGGGCUACAUAACUUCUGCAAGUCGACUGGUAUCCAUCUCUCGGCAUAUUCGCCAUUAGGAUCACCGGGUUCAUGGAUUAAAGGUGAAAUUCUCAAGGAGCCCGUACUGUUAGAAAUUGCGGAGAAGCUUAACAAAUCACCAGCUCAAGUUGCUCUACGUUGGGGAAUUCAGAGUGGUCACAGCAUCUUGCCAAAGAGCACUAAUGAAGGUCGAAUAAAGGAGAAUCUCGAUAUUUUUGAUUGGUCCAUUCCUCUUGAUCUGUAUGCAAAGUUUGCAGAAAUACAACAGGCAAGGUUGCUGCGAGGGGAGUUUGCGGUGAAUGAAACAGACAGCCCAUACAGAAGUGUUGAAGAACUUUGGGAUGGGGAAAUAUGAUUGUGAUCUAGUAAUUUUUACUUUCAUCUCUUGUAUUAAAGUUGCAGAUGAAGAUCUUUUAUAUAAAGAGGAUGCCUGGCAUAAGAUAAUAAAACAUUACAAUGCGAAUAUUUGAAUCGCUUUCAACCAGAUCCAGAUACUUCAAAAGUGUGAAUGUUAUGCCAAAUUAGACAUCACUUGAGGUCAUAUGCACCCACCAACUAG